AGUGCGGGGAGAGCAGGAGGAUGCCGCGCGUGCUGGGCGGGAGCCCGGCUGCCAUCGAGGCUUGGCCGUGGCAGGUCAGCCUGCAGUACCGGGGCGAGCACAUCUGCGGGGGCACCAUCAUCGACCCCCACUGGGUCCUGACCGCAGCGCACUGCUUCAAGAACAACCCCAUCGUUCAAAGAUGGCAUGUGAAGGCUGGCUCCAACCUCCUCUCGGGCACCACCACCCUCGCUGUGGAGAAGGUCUUCGUGGCUGAGCCCACGCGCCCGUCUCCCAAGGACAAUGACAUUGCCCUGGUGAAGCUGCAGGCUCCCCUGCAGGACUCAGACAGCAGCAAGCCCAUCUGCCUCCCCUACUUCGACGAGGAGCUGGUGCCCGGCACGUCCCUGUGGGUGAUAGGCUGGGGCUACACGCAGGAGCAUGGCAAACUGUCAGAGACGCUGCAGCAGGCAGAGGUGAAACUCAUCGACACCGAGAGCUGCAACCGGGCUGCCUACCACGGGGAGGUCACCGAGGAGAUGCUGUUCGUCAGCUGGGGCCAGGGCUGCGGCACCCCCAGCACGCCCGGAGUCUACACCAGCGUCCGCGCCUACCUGGACUGGAUCUAUGCUGUGCGGAGG